CCCGCGGCUCUUCAGUAGCUGGAGCCGGGAGCAAAGAUGGCGGCGGCCGACGGCGACGACUCGCUCUACCCCAUCGCGGUGCUGAUCGACGAGCUCCGCAACGAAGACGUACAGCUCCGGCUGAACAGCAUCAAGAAGCUGUCGACCAUCGCGCUGGCGCUGGGCGUGGAGCGCACCCGCAGCGAGCUCCUCCCCUUCCUCACAGACACUAUCUACGAUGAAGAUGAAGUGCUGCUGGCACUGGCCGAGCAGCUGGGCACCUUCACCGCCCUUGUCGGGGGGCCCGAGUAUGUGCACUGCCUGCUGCCACCGCUGGAGAGCCUGGCAACAGUGGAGGAGACCGUGGUGCGGGACAAGGCAGUGGAGUCCCUGCGGGCCACGUCCCAUGAGCACUCGCCGGCUGACCUGGAGGCUCAUUUCGUGCCCCUAGUGAAGCGCCUAGCGGGUGGCGACUGGUUCACAUCCCGUACCUCAGCCUGCGGCCUCUUCAGCGUCUGCUACCCCCGCGUGUCCAGCGCCGUCAAGGCUGAGCUGCGCCAGUACUUCCGGAACCUGUGCUCAGAUGACACGCCCAUGGUGCGCCGUGCGGCCGCCUCCAAACUGGGCGAGUUCGCCAAGGUGCUGGAGCUGGAGCAUGUCAAGAGCGAGAUCAUCCCCAUGUUCUCCAGCCUGGCCUCUGACGAACAGGACUCGGUGCGCCUGCUGGCCGUGGAGGCCUGUGUCAACAUUGCCCAGCUGCUGCCGCAGGAGGACCUGGAGUCGCUGGUGAUGCCGACACUACGGCAGGCGGCAGAAGACAAAUCCUGGCGGGUGCGGUACAUGGUGGCCGACAAAUUCACCGAGCUCCAGAAAGCCGUGGGCCCUGAGAUCACCAAGACGGACCUGGUUCCAGCCUUUCAGAACCUCAUGAAGGACUGUGAGGCCGAAGUGCGAGCUGCUGCCUCCCACAAGGUCAAAGAAUUUUGUGAGAACCUGUCACCUGACUGCCGGGAGAACGUCAUCAUGACCCAGAUCCUGCCCUGCAUAAAGGAGCUGGUGUCGGAUGCCAAUCAACACGUCAAGUCGGCACUGGCUUCAGUGAUCAUGGGGCUCUCGCCCAUCCUGGGCAAGGACAACACGGUGGAGCACCUGCUGCCCCUCUUCCUGGCCCAGCUCAAGGAUGAGUGCCCCGAGGUGCGGCUCAACAUCAUCUCCAACCUGGACUGUGUGAACGAGGUGAUCGGCAUCCGGCAGUUGUCGCAGUCGCUGCUCCCGGCCAUCGUGGAGCUGGCUGAGGACGCCAAAUGGCGCGUGCGCCUGGCCAUCAUCGAGUACAUGCCCCUACUGGCCGGGCAGCUGGGUGUGGAGUUUUUCGACGAGAAGCUGAACUCGCUGUGCAUGGCCUGGCUGGUGGAUCAUGUUUAUGCCAUCCGGGAAGCGGCCACCAGUAACUUAAAGAAAUUGGUGGAGAAAUUUGGCAAGGAUUGGGCCCACGCCACCAUCAUCCCCAAGGUGCUGGCCAUGGCUGGGGAUCCCAACUACCUACACCGCAUGACCACGCUCUUCUGCAUCAAUGUGCUGUCAGAGGUGUGCGGCCAGGAGAUCACCACCAAGCACAUGCUGCCCACGGUGCUGCGGAUGGCAGCAGAUGCUGUCGCCAAUGUGCGCUUCAAUGUGGCUAAGUCCUUGCAGAAGAUCGGCCCCAUAUUGGACAACAGCACGCUGCAGAACGAGGUGAAGCCCGUGCUGGAGAAGCUGACGCAGGACCAAGAUGUGGAUGUCAAGUACUUUGCCCAGGAGGCCCUGACAGUGCUGGCCCUGGCCUGAAGCUGAGGACUCCUUCCCACCCUCCAGGGAUCUCCAGGCUCCGCCCCUUCCCCCAUUGGCUCCUCCCAUCUCCAUGCAUGUGGAUGACUUCUCCCCCUUCCCUGUCUGGCCACCAGGGGGAGCAGCAGCAUCAACCCUGACCCCCAACUUGUCCUGCCCCAGCUGCACCCCCACCUUUGGGGUGCAGCAUCUCCAUUCCCAGCAUGCCCUGGGCCCUCCCCCUUGUGAGUGUAACUCUUGAUCCUUUCCUUCAUGGUGGAGGAGGAUCAGUGGCACCUCUAACUCCCCUGGGCAGGUUUCCCAGCUGCUAAUUAAGUCUCCUUAAUCCUGGGAUUGGGUUGGCCCCAGACCCAGGCACUGCUGGAGGGAGUGGGGGUCAUUUCUCAGCUCAGGGUCCUCCCAUGAUUCUCUAUUCAGGGCUUCUGCCUUCCUUUCUGGGGGUCCCUAGCACCAGGAUGCAGCUAGUUCUGGGGUAGGGGAAGCAGAAUAGAACAGGGAUUCUCCUAGGGCUGAGUUGCAGCUAGUUCUGGGGUGGCAGAAGCGUGGCUGAGUGUAAUGGGCUUGGUCUGUAGAUACAGCCAGUUCUGGGGUGGGAGAAGCAGAGUAGAACAGGGAUCCUAGGCCUAAGGUGCAGCUAGUUCUUGGGUGAGCUUGGCCAAGUACACCAUGGACCUGGUGCUGGGAUGCAACUGCCUCUGGGCUUGUCUGUGCAGGGGAAAUAGGUUGAAUAGUGCAUCCAGGGCACCGGGAAUCUGCCCCUUCCCUCCCCCCGCUGCCCUGGUGGCCACACACGGAACAAAUGCGUCACAGGGGCCGUUCUCGGUCCCAUCCCCACCAUUAGUGAAGUGUCACUUUUUACAUUUGUUUGGUUUUUUUUGUGUAACUUGAGUUUGACUAUUUUCUGUUUCUCUCCAUGGUCAAUAAACUGCUCGGCCCGUC